AUGGACGUCCUCCGCUUCGUCUGGUUGGUUUUGCUGGCAGAGCUGAGGAUUUCCGCAGGCCAAGUAUUGGGAUGCCGUCACGGCCAGUGGCAGUGUGAUGAUGGAAACUGCAUCCCCCAUGUGUGGAGAUGUGACGGAGACGGAGACUGCCUGGAUGGAUCCGAUGAAAUGGACUGCGCCGCCGCCGCAGCCCCAGGCUCCCCCCAAUGUCCGCCCGGUCAGUUUGCCUGUGUGGACUCUGUCGGCUGUGUCGAUGCGUCGGCCCGCUGUGACGGACAAUACCAGUGUCCCACCGGCUCCGAUGAGGAGAACUGCACAGCCGCCAACGGCUGUUUGGGCUCGGACUGGACUUGUCUGAACCACGUGUGUAUCCCCAAAGAGCAGCGAUGCAACGGGCUGACCGACUGCGUGGACGACUCUGACGAAAAGGACUGUGGUGUGUGUGUUGAAGGCAGCGUUCGGUGUCCUGACGGGACGUGUCUGUCUCCUGAGGAGAUGUGCGACGGGAAGGUUCACUGCUCGGAUGGUAGCGAUGAGCCCAUAACCUGCGGUCGUAUUUGCUCCAUGAACAACGGCGGCUGUAGCCACGUGUGUGUGGACGAGCCCUGGGGCGCUCUAUGUGCCUGUCCCGCUGGAUACAAGCUCUCAGCCAAUGGAGCCAUCUGUGAAGAUGUGGAUGAAUGCGCCACACCGUUUCCUCCCUGUAUGCAUCUCUGCACUAACACCAUCGGAUCCUACUAUUGCCAUUGCAGAGAAGGCUUCCGACUGAAUGGAAACUCCUCAUGUCUGGCAACAGGUAAUGUUACCAGGCUGCUGACGGUGCAGAGGAGAUCUGUCGGACUGUUGAACGUGAAGUCUCAACAGUUUGAAGUUGUCCAGACUCUGGCGUUCGACCCGGUGGCCUUGGCCUUCGACGCCGUCCGAGGCCGUUUCUUCUGGGCCGACAGCCGUGGCAGCAUUUACAAAAGUGAUGGACGUCAAAGCUGGACAACCUACACUGGUCAGCUAUGA